ACUCCUACUCGACCACGCAAUGGCAUCUCCUGCGUCGCCCUCGCCCAUCGUCAUCCAGAUGCCUCCACUGACCAACGCCGGGACGGCCACUAGCAAGCCCAAGGACGCCGCCGGCGACUUCGCCACCGCACCCACACCUUCCAGACCUAAAGCCAGGGCGACGGACAAGGUCAUGUCGAGCGCUGCGAACCUCGCACAGCUCCUGCCGACUGGCACGGUGCUGGCGUACCAGGCGCUGGCCCCCUCCUUCACCAACCACGGCAAGUGCGAGGAGAGCCCCGCCAACCAGUGGCUCACGGCGGCCCUAGUAAUCGUUCUCGCCGCCCUGUCUCUCGCCUUCUCCUUCACCGACAGCGUCGUCGGCCGCGACCAGAAGCUCUACUACGGCGUCGCCACGCCGUGCGGCUUCAACGUCUUCAACUUCUCCAGCGAGGAAGAGAAGCAGGAGUGGGACCCCUCCGAGUUCCGGAGGCUGCGCAUCCGGCCGCUCGACUACAUGCACGCCGUCUUCACCGCCCUCGUUUUCCUCACCGUGGCGUUCAGCGACGUGGGGCUGCAAAACUGCUUCUUUCCCAACGCCAGUAGAAAUACCGAGGAGCUGCUCAAGAACCUGCCGCUGGGCAUGGCGUUUUUCUCCAGCUUCGUGUUCAUGAUCUUCCCCACAAAAAGGAAGGGCAUCGGCUACACAGACACCGCUCCACCGAAGAAGGUCGUCACUUAGUAGUGUUUACAUCUCCUUUUUUUAACUGAUAAAGUAGAAAUGUAUCCUUCUUCUUUGGAAAUGUAUUUGUGUGUUGGUUAGUUCUAAUUUUCUAGGUAUAAAAGUGCAAUGGUUAGUUUUUUUUUAAUUCAGUGUACUGGUUAGCUUAGCUGGACAGAAUUGAACCAUUUAGCUACUACGGACACAUGUAACCAUUUUAUUUUCAAAUC